UCCAGAGAGAGAGAGAGAGAGAGAGAGAGAGAGAGAGAGAGAAGCUCACUGGUGCGCUGAUUUUGAGGUGGAGAGAGGAGUGCCUCACAAGACUUGCACAGUGAUAGAUGAAGACUUGCAUUGUGCUAUUUCUCUGCCAUUUCUGAGUUCUUCAAGAGCCCGUGAAAUUUUUCCAGAGGAAGCGAAGAAGGCGACGAGAAUAUCGACGCUUAAGGCAUUGAGAGUCUGAAUCUUCCGGAUAUUCUGAAAUUGAUAAGCCAUUUCCCAAAAGCCCUUUGAUCGUUCAAUCGAUAAUGCUGAGGAAGAGGAACAGGUCUCACCAGAAGCAUCUAAUGGUGUCUGAUUCUGAUUCAUGUCCGGGACAAUCCGAAUCUUCAAGGCUUAAAAACCAGAGGAAUGGUUCAAUUUUCAGUAUCCCUAGCCUCUUUGUUGCUUUCAGCAACAAGGGUUCAUCCGAAAAUGAUUCAGUUUGGAGCCCCACAUCUCCUCUGGAUUUCAGGUUGUUUUCCGGUUUGAGGAACCCAUUUGCUGGAUCUUCAAAGUCGGUCCAUCAGGUUCACCAAAAGAGUUGGGAUUCUACUAAAGUAGGCUUGAGUAUCGUGGAUUCUCUUGAUGAUGCAUCAGGGAAUGUUCUACAAUCAUCUGAGAGCAAGAACGUUCUCUUUGGCAUUGGAAUGAAGUUUGGGAAUCUCAUUUACAAUGCUCCAAAGGUCUGUGAAUUGGAUCAUACCCUUAAAGAUUACCCUGUUUUCCCUCAAUCACUUUCCAAGCCCCCAGCUAAGGACAAUGAACUCGGUACUGGAUUUGAGAAUGGAGAUAAUUCAACGAUCAAGCAGGACCCCUUUUGCUCAUUGAGUUCUUAUGGAGCAAUGGGCUCUUCUAGUCAAAGAACCAGUUCGAGUUCUGGAGACACUGGUGUGGGCAAAGCUCAUAUCCUUGCACACCCUCCAGCUUUGAAUGGCUUUCCUCUGAAGCCAAGCUUGGAAUGUCUUAGUGGGAAUAUGGACCCGGAUUCAGAAAGCGAGAUUGAGCUCUCAGAGGAUUAUACUCGUGUCAUUUCCCAUGGCCCUAACCCCAAAACCACUCAUUUUUACGGGGAUCGGAUUCUAGAAUCUCUAGAUAACCAUGGUUUGAACAAAGGGUUUAGUAGCUUCAAGGAACAAAAGGAUCUCACAACUGUUUCCAUGCCUUUAACACAACCAGCUGAUGGAUUCCCCCCUGAAAACUUCUUGAGCUUCUGCAACUUCUGUAACAAGCACUUGCAGGGAGAGGACAUAUACAUGUACAGAGGAUACAUAGCAUUUUGCAGCGACGAGUGUCGUUCAAAGGGAAUUAUUGCGGACGAGAAAACGGAUGAAGCCGCUUUAUCAGCAAAGUCUGUUGUUUCAGACAAGGCUCGCAAGAAACCUGUCUGAGAAGGAGGAGAAACACCCUUUUUGAGUUCAAUUUUUUUUUUCUUUUCACAUCAUCAUUAACCCCACCAUUUUAAUUUUUUUUUUCCAUGAUCUGAGGAGCUCAAAGGUAGAAGCUUUAAGCGAAGAGAUCAUCCGUUCAUCAAAAAGAGCUGCCGUUUCUUUUUUGCUUUCUUAUAGUUGGCGGCCAUGGAUGAUCGAAUUUUGUAUAUUGCUCAGUUUCUAUCCUCACCCCCCCCCCCCCAAAAAAAA